GACUUCUGGCGGCCAUGUUGGAAAUCAAUACAUUCAGAAAUAUCUUUUAAAGCGUCGCUUACUCGUAAAAAAAUAUUAUCAGAAAUAUGGGACGGAAAAAGAAGAAGCAGACUAAACCUUGGUGUUGGUACUGUAACAGAAUAUUUGACGACGAGAAAAUUUUGAUUCAACAUCAGAAGUCGACAGUGCAAAGAAUAUGUUUAUUUUCAGGGCCCGGGCUUUCUAUUCACUGUAUGCAGGUUCACAAGGAGACAAUUGACAAGGUACCGAACUCUGCUCCAACUCGUGGAAAUAUUGAGAUAGAGAUCUACGGUAUGGAAGGUAUACCCGAAGAGGACAUAAAGGCUCAUGAGGCGCGUGGAGACGAUGAUGACGACGGCAGACGAGAUAAUUCAGAUUCUCCAGCAGUUCCCACUCCCCCUCUUCAAGCAGGUCCCCAACUGCCUGCUGGUAUGGCCGGUAUGCCUGUAGUUCGGCCUGGUGCUCCUUUUAUGCCUGGCCCAGGUAUGGGCUGGGGAGGACCUGGUGUUAUGCCCGGAAUGCCUGGCAUGCCCGGCAUGAUGCCUCAACAAAUGCAGUUUCCAGGAGGACAUGCCGCAGGAUUAAUGCAGCCUCAGCAACCUCUCUUCCCAUCUGCGGCCAACACAGACGGAAAACCUACCUUCCCUGCAUACAGUGAUGAUGCUGAGAAACCAGCUCUGAUAGCAACCACAGGAGUUAACACGAAAAUUAUCCAUCCACCGGAAGACAUAUCUUUAGAGGAGCAUCGAUCUUCCUUACCAAAAUAUCGACCACCCCCUCCCCCUGUUCCCCCUGCUCCUUCUCCUGUCAUGGAACAGCAGCCCCAGGUCAUGAUACUGCAGGCUGGUCAACCUAUGAUUAAUCUUGCGCCACAGAUGGACCCUAGACAAUUUUAUCCCGCUGUCAGCUCUAUGGGAAUGAGCCUUCCUCAGCACUAUUUCCCAACAGUUUCAUCUAUGAGCUCAAUUCAACAUCAGCAAAACAUGUACAACGCAAUCUCUACCAUGAGCUCAAUUGGACAACCUCAACCUCAAUAUUUCCCUACAGUUAGUUCAAUUAGCGCUAUGAUGCCGCGGCCCACACUAGUCCAGGGAAUGCAAGGCAUCCCAGUCAGUGUUCAAGGUAUUCCUGGACACCCCCUGCAGGGACUUCAAGGACAUCCUAUGCAAGGACUGCCAGCCCAUCUACAAGGAUUGCAAGGACACCCAUUCCAGGGAGUUCCUCAAGGAAUGAUUCAAGCUAUGCCAAAUGCAUCUAUGCCCAGUAUAAUGAUGUCCCAGCCCCAGUUGUUUGCGCAGAGACCUCAGAUGAUCAGUUUACCUGGGCAACAGCAAGCUAUGGUGCCGGGACCACUGGUGUUGGGAGGUGUCAACCAGAUGGGAGGACAUCUUGGCAUGGGUCUCAUCCAGCAUGGCAGUCCUUUUGGUCUCCUUGGGGGACUAGGGAUCCCAAGAUUCAGAUGACAAACACAGGACCUCCUGGGACUAGGAGGUCCGUCUCUAGAAGUUGAUGGUACUUCAGGUCUUGGAGCCGUCAAUGUAGGAGGAGCAGGGCUUCUCCGGGCUCCAUCACAAUUGCAAGCAGUGGGACAACCAGCAUUCCAACUUGGACUAGCUGGCCAUCCAAGCCUGAGCACAUCUCUAGGACUGGGAAUGCCAAUAGGUUACCCAGGACUAGGAGGAGCUACUAACGGGCUGAGUAGUGCCACAGCAAAUCUGAUGGCACAUCCUUUACUUGGAUUAGCCCAGCAGUCCAGUGGGAAUGUUGUAAUGCUUCCAAGAAUACCAUGAAGAUUUGCGUUAGAACUUAUUUAUUUUAUACUUGCUCUGGUUGUGUUAGCAAACUAUUCAUGCUUAAAUAUUUAGAUUCAAUUAUUUUGAUCAAACAAAUCUUAGUUGUUAUAAUUUGGGCAUUUUUUGUUGUUGCUACUUUUAGAAUCUCUUGAGUUCUUUUUGUAAUUAAUUUGUUUAUAAUCACCUGGAAUUAACAGUUCAUCAUUGUACAGAGGGAUCUAGAUAUUUGAUAAAUUUCAAAUAUUUUGGAAAACUCGGAAAUAUAUACUUCUUGUCUGCAUGUAAUUAACUCUCUGGUGAAAUAAACAUUUUUUUUAAAGUUGCA